AUGUCUGAUGAAGAGGUGGAGAUACAAGUUGUUGACUACGACGAAACCCUGAAGGAAAAAAUUGCGGAAGAACAAUUGAUCAAUGAAAGAUUAAAGGAAGCUUCAACAAAAUUAGAAGUUGUGAAGAAAGUUUGGGGCACUUGUAAUUUCGUAAAAAAGGCUAGAAUAACUAUUGACCCUUCAUUUGCUCCAAAUGAUGUAAUUGAUGUACAUCAUCCUCCUUUUCACUUGUCAAGAAGAGGUUAUGGAGAGUUUCAAGUUAUUAUUCAACUUCAUUUUAAAGGAAAUACUGAUAUUAACAAACCUUUGGAAAUUGUACAUAACUUACGUUUAGAUAAAGCCAAGACUGGUAAAAUUGUGAAUGCUACUGAAACUAUUGCUGAUAUUGAAUUGGAUAAACAAGCUUUAGCCGAAACAGACACUUUCACUGAGGCUCAAGAAAAAAAAGUUAAACAAAGGCUUACUAUCAACUCUGAUGAUGAAUUUGCUGAUGAUGAAGUUGUUCAUGUCAAAGCCAAAACAAAACCACCUUCAAAAAAGAAGAAACGAUCAACUGGAGCAGAGGCAGUUGAUGAAAAUUCUAUCAAUAAUGAAAUAUUAUCAUCUUAUAAUUUCUUUAUACCAGAUACACCCUUUCCUCCAAUUAGUUCUGAUCCUGAUGUACUCACCUAUCCAACGACAUUGUUUAAGAGUUUGACAAUAGAGGAAAUUCAAGUCAGAGAGACCUGCCAAAUGUUUCCGAUCAUCAAAGAGUCGAAUAUGGAACUUCCUUAUUUAUCAGCAACCGAAUCAACAUUUACCAAAUGGACCUUAGGGAAAAGGUUAGCAGCUGAAAAAUUACGAGCUCUACAUGUUAAACGAUACCUUUUGGAAAAAGAUUCGAAUUUCUCCUUGACAACCUCCAAUAUUUUUAAAUUAUGUAGAUGUACUGGUCUAUCACCAAUUGUAAAUAAUCAAACCGAAAUAGAUUUAAAUGAAAAGGAUCAAGUGAUUGAGAGCCCUAGGUUUUGUAAAUAUUGUGGCUCUCAUCAUCAACAAAAUGAUUUCGAUCAUCUUCAAGACAGAUGUAGAAAGAGAAUGAAAAUACCUUCAUCUACAAACCAUUUAGCCAACUCGUGUACUCACUCGCUAGAGGAAAUCCUAAGUAGAGAAGAUUCUCAUACACCAUGUAAUAUUUGCUUAUCCUCACAAAGUGGUCAACAAGUGGAUUUUAGCGAAGAUAUUGGAAUAACUUCAAUUUUAGAUGAAUGUGGAUUUAAACUUCAGGAUAAGGAUUGUGAAAAUCUAUUUAAUGGAUUGUUUAAAAAGUUUGCUUCCAACCUACUUUCUCACUCCGUCUCAAUUUAUAAGGAACAAUCAACACAUGAAACAUUUAAAGAAAAGGAGGGCAAAGUUCUAGUUCCCUAUCAUAUCUAUCAAGCUAUCAUUGAUUGUGACCAGUUUGAUUUUCUAAGAAAUAACCUUAAAACUGAUCAGAACAAUAAAAGAAAGAGGCCAUAA